GUUGCUGUGCUUUCCUGCUGCCUCAGAGAGAGAGGUCCAGCGGAGGGAAGGGAGGAUGGCGUCCACCUCUCCGGGGCCCUUCGGCCUCUUCCUCCUCCUCCUCCUCCUCACCGCCUCCUCGUCAACCCUCGCCCCGUCUUGCCACACGGACUUCCUUGAGGCCUUGACCUGCUCCUGGGAGGUGCCCCCUUCUUCCGACUGCGGCGACUUCCGCCUCCUCGUCCAGCCCCCGCAGGAGACCUGCCUUCCGGUUCGAGAAGAUGGUCGGUGCCGCUGCCUCCUCCACAGGGAGCAUUUCCGCUACGUUCAGUUCCGCCUGCAGCUGGAGCAGAGGGAGGGCGCCCGGUGGAAGAUCGCCUGGAACGCCACGCCGAAUGCCGAAGAGUUAGUGAAGCCUCGUCCGAUGGUCAACCUGACAGCUACGAAGCAGGACCGCUCCUUCCACCUCUCCUGGCAGUGGGACUACCCCAAGGAAAGCCCCCUGGUUACUGCCAUGGCCUACUUCCAGGUGUCCUACUGGCCAAAGGGCCAACUGGAGAGGGCAAUCAAUGCCACCGUCCAGAAGCCGACCUACGACAUCUUCGCCGACCGCCUCGAGUCUGCCUCUGACUACGUUGCCAGGGUCCAGGUCAAGCUGGAAGACUGGGGGAACCUCUGGAGCGACUGGAGCCAGCCAUAUGAAUGGCGCAAUGAUUUUGAGCCAGGAGAGGAGCCCUGGAAGCUGGCGCUCUGGUCCUGCAUCCCAAUUGUUGCCAUGAUCCUGACCUGCUACCUCUGCCUCGCCAGGGUGAAAAGGGACUGGUGGGAUCGGAUCCCAAGCCCUGCCAAGAGCAAGAUGGCCGAGAGCAUGGCCAAGUUUCCUCCUGGGAAGCAGAUCCCACACAAAAGGAAGACACUCCCGCCAGGACCAAGCAAAGGAAUUGGCAAGGGCCUCCAGGGUGUCCCUCCAGUACUCCAGGAGGCAGACCCUGGCCCCAGACCAAAGGCCUUCCUGAUGCCAGAGGUGGCAGUGGUCGAGUCCCCUCUGGUGGUUUGCAGCCGCAUGCCUGAGACCAAGACCAAGGGUUUCCUCGAGGAGCAGGAAGAAGAGGAGCCGAUUCUCCCUCGCCAAGACGCAGUUGCUGGCCUCUUCCGGGACCUUCUGGAUGGAGGCUUUGGAAGCGGAGAGGCCCGGGUCCUUGAGCUUCUGCCUCCCAAAGAGCAGGGAGCCCCAAUAGGCUUUUCUCUGGAAGCACCACCCGGACCCAGCUUCCAGGGCUCUGUCAAUGUGGGGUCUGUGGGGAGUCUGGCCGGAACUGGACAUCCUGUGGGACAGAGCUUUGCCUCUCCUGCAUCCCCAUUUCCUGUCCAGGGCCCAAGCGGCAGUCCUGGUAAUAGCAGGGUCUGCCCUGGGUUGGAUGAUCCAACUGCCCUCGGCUACAGGUCUAUCAGCAGCCUGGUUCCUCAACUGUCAGCAGACUUCAACCAUGAGGAGGGGGUGGGAGGGGAGGAGGAGGAGGAGGGAGGUGUCCCGCAAGACCUGGGGCCCCAUAACAGCCUUACAAGGCAGUGCAAUCCUUUGUCUGGGCUUCAGAGUGCCUUUCCAGCAGAUCUCAGUGCACUCUGGCUCCCGGCUGCAGAUCACCCUACUUGGGAGGCUCCAACCGGAAAGGUGGGGAACCUGCCUUGUGCAGGGGCCUCCUUCUUGUCCGGCUACCGGUCCUUCACCUCUGUGCUUCAAGACAGCAACCCAGCCCAAGAUGGCAGUGCCUUAACCCUCCUCCCAGGGCCCUACCAGCCCCUCCCGGCCCUCCUCCAGAGCAGCGGCCCCAGUGCGAUCGAGGGGAGCCAUGCUGCUGGGCCAGGCCAGCCAUGGGCCUGAAGGGGGAGGGGUCUGGGGAAGGCUCCUCCCCUCUCCUCCUUUUUCUGCCUUUACACUACAUGGACUUUCUAGCACCCUUCUUGACUUUUGCCAGAGGAUGGCUCUGGCUGCACAGAACGAGCACCUUUUUUUCUUAAAGCAUUAAAGUAUUUUUCUUCUACAA